UGGCGAAAAAUAGGAAUAAACAAAGAGAAGUAAAAACGUGGAAGAACUGAAAGGAUAUAUAAUAGAAGAACGGAACCAAAGACUGUACCUGGCUACCUGCCAAGUACAUGAUCGUGGCCCAGUAAAAGCUGCCACUUCAAGAUUCGAGAGAGAGAGAGGGGAGACCAACUCUCUACAUGCGUACAAGACAGACAGAGAAGAAGUAGAGAGACAGAGCUGAAGGAGGGAAGAUUAGUCGAUAGAGAUGGAUAACAACAACGCAGAAACUGAAACUAUGGAGGCGGUGUUGAAGGAAGUUGUGGAUUUGGAGAACGUCCCCAUGGAAGAGGUUUUCCAAACUUUGAGGUGUAACGCAAAUGGGCUCACAACUGAAUCUGCUGAAGAGAGGCUUUCCAUUUUUGGGUACAACAAGCUUGAGGAGAAGCAGGAGAGUAAGCUUUUGAAGUUUUUGGGGUUCAUGUGGAACCCUCUAUCUUGGGUCAUGGAAGCUGCUGCUAUCAUGGCCAUUGUGCUUGCCAAUGGGGGAGGGAAACCUCCGGACUGGCAAGACUUUGUUGGUAUUAUUACCCUGCUUUUGAUUAAUUCAACGAUAAGCUUUAUUGAGGAGAACAAUGCAGGUAAUGCUGCUGCUGCUCUCAUGGCUCAUCUUGCACCUAAAGCUAAGGUUCUCCGAGAUGGAAAGUGGACUGAGGAGGAUGCAUCCAUUCUUGUCCCUGGUGAUAUUAUUAGUGUUAAGUUGGGAGACAUCAUUCCUGCAGAUGCUCGUCUACUUGAAGGUGACCCAUUGAAAAUUGAUCAGUCUGCACUUACAGGUGAGUCUCUUCCUGUGACUAAAGGCCCUGGAGAUAGUGUUUAUUCAGGUUCCACUUGCAAGCAAGGAGAGAUUGAAGCAGUUGUCAUUGCCACGGGUGUCCAUACCUUCUUUGGAAAAGCCGCUCACCUUGUGGAUUCCACAAAUCAAGUUGGGCACUUUCAAAAGGUCUUGACUGCCAUAGGGAAUUUCUGUAUAUGUUCAAUAGCCGUGGGGAUGAUAAUAGAGAUCAUUGUCAUGUACCCAAUUCAGGACCGCGAAUAUCGGCCUGGAAUUGACAAUUUGCUGGUACUUCUUAUUGGAGGAAUCCCAAUUGCAAUGCCCACAGUUUUAUCUGUGACAAUGGCAAUAGGGUCUCAUCGCUUAGCCCAACAGGGUGCUAUCACGAAAAGAAUGACAGCAAUCGAAGAAAUGGCAGGCAUGGAUGUGCUUUGCAGUGACAAAACUGGAACUCUGACCUUGAACAAACUUUCUGUUGACAAAAAUAUUAUUGAGAUAUUUGCCAAAGGAGUGGAUGCAGAUACUGUUGUUCUCAUGGCAGCUCGAGCCUCCCGGGUGGAAAACCAGGAUGCAAUAGAUGCUGCCAUAGUGGGGAUGUUGGCUGAUCCAAAGGAGGCACGAGCUGGAAUUCAAGAAGUUCACUUCCUGCCUUUUAACCCAACUGACAAGCGAACAGCUCUGACCUAUAUUGACAGUGAAGGCAAGAUGCAUCGUGUCAGUAAAGGUGCACCAGAGCAGAUUUUGAAUCUUGCGCACAAUAAGUCAGAGUUAGAACGUAGAGUUCAUGCGGUCAUUGAUAAGUUUGCAGAACGGGGAUUACGUUCUCUUGCAGUAGCAUACCAGGAAGUUCCUGAUGGAAGGAAGGAGAGCCUAGGAGGUCCAUGGCAAUUUACUGGCCUAAUGCCAUUGUUUGACCCACCUAGACAUGAUAGUGCAGAUACAAUACGAAGGGCAUUGAAUCUCGGGGUAAAUGUGAAAAUGAUCACAGGUGAUCAACUAGCAAUAGGGAAGGAAACAGGACGUCGACUGGGAAUGGGAACCAACAUGUAUCCUUCUUCGGCAUUGCUUGGACAGAACAAGGAUGAGUCCAUUGUCGCUUUACCUGUUGAUGAACUCAUAGAAAAGGCUGAUGGUUUUGCUGGAGUUUUCCCCGAGCAUAAAUAUGAGAUAGUGAAACGGUUGCAAGCCAGGAAACAUAUAUGUGGAAUGACUGGUGAUGGAGUUAACGAUGCCCCUGCUCUUAAGAAAGCUGACAUUGGCAUAGCUGUUGCUGAUGCAACUGAUGCAGCUCGCAGUGCUUCUGACAUUGUCCUUACAGAACCUGGUCUUAGCGUUAUCAUUAGUGCUGUGCUAACUAGUCGAGCAAUAUUCCAGAGGAUGAAAAAUUAUACGAUUUACGCAGUCUCUAUUACAAUACGUAUUGUGCUUGGCUUCAUGUUACUGGCCCUCAUCUGGAGGUUUGACUUUCCACCCUUCAUGGUGCUGAUUAUUGCUAUUCUUAAUGAUGGUACCAUCAUGACAAUAUCAAAGGACAGGGUGAAACCUUCUCCUCUGCCAGAUAGCUGGAAGUUGGCAGAGAUUUUCACAACGGGGAUAAUUCUCGGUGGCUACUUGGCAAUGAUGACGGUGAUUUUCUUUUGGGCUGCAUACAAGACCGAUUUUUUCCCUCGGACAUUUGGGGUUUCUAGUCUACAACAAAAGGAUGAAGAUGACUUUAGAAAGCUUGCCUCAGUAAUAUACCUGCAAGUGAGCACUAUCAGUCAAGCCCUCAUAUUCGUGACACGCUCUAGGAGUUGGUCUUUUGUUGAGCGACCUGGCCUCUUACUUGUAACAGCUUUUGUGAUUGCCCAGCUGAUAGCUACACUGAUUGCUGUUUAUGCAAACUGGAGUUUUUCUGCAAUAGAAGGGAUUGGAUGGGGUUGGGCUGGUGUAGUAUGGCUUUAUAACCUCAUUUUCUACUUUCCACUCGAUCCUAUCAAGUUUGUCAUUCGAUAUGCCCUAAGCGGGAAGGCCUGGGAUCUUGUUAUUGACCAAAGGAUUGCCUUUACUAGGAAGAAAGAUUUUGGGAAGGAAGAGCGUGAGCUUAAAUGGGCACAUGCACAGAGAACGCUCCAUGGGCUGCAUCCACCCGACACCAAGAUGUUCACUGAACGCAACAGUUUCAAUGAAUUGAACCAGAUGGCGGAAGAGGCAAAAAGACGAGCAGAGAUUGCAAGGCUGAGAGAACUCACUACACUGAAAGGGCAUGUCGAAUCAGUGGUGAGAAUGAAGGGUAUUGACAUAGACACAAUUCAGCAAUCCUACACUGUCUGAGAAGACAGCAUCCAGUUUGCCUCCUUAAUGUGUGUGUAUAUUUGUGUAUAUAUAUUAGAUAUAUACCCCUACUAGCCUUGAGAAUGAAGCCUUGUAAUCUACUUUUCUAAUGUAUAAACCAGAAACUACCAUUAGACGUUAGUUUUUCUUGAAUAAAGUCAACUUAUUUCUCAUUUCUG